AUGUGUCCCGCUAUUGUCAAUCAUUUAGAAUCGUUAAGCAAUGAAUUAUUUCUUGAUAUUUUUGAAUAUCUUGAUGCAUACAAUUUGUAUCAAGCUUUUUAUGGAUUGAAUAAUCGUAUUAAUGGUAUUCUUCAAUCGGCUCAUUUACACAUGGUUUUUGACUCAGCAAAUGAAAACGAAAGAAAUUGGAAUAUCCUGAAAUCAUUUGCCAAUCCAUCACAAAUUCGUAUAUUAUCUUGUUAUAAUGAUGGUAACAUUGAUAAUCAUUUUUUAUCUGCUGCUAAAGAAAAUCUACGGUCAGUUCGUUUACGUGAAAUCGAUAGCCAAUCCAUAAGUAAACUAUUUCAACAUUUUCCAAGUGGUAAUCAAAUUAAAUGCUUAUUUAUUGGAGAACGUUGGUGUUAUAAAAAUUCAAACAAUCCUUCUCUCUUUCAUUUUAUAUUAGUCAAUAAUGCUGAUCGAUUUACCUCACUUGUUAAUCUUUCACUAUCCUGCGCAAGUUAUGUACACGCUUUCCCUACUGUUUCAGUUCAGUUUUUACAACUUCGUCAUCUAUCAAUUAAUAACUGUUAUUGGUCAAUAAAUUUCCUUCAAUUUCUUCAAAGUAAUGUACCGAAUCUCAAAUCACUAAAAUUUAUCGGAUACUAUAACUUAUUGAAUGUACCACCGAAUUUUGCUUUGAAACACGUUAAUGAAUUACAUAUGAAGCACUCCGGUAACUUCGCCAGUCUACAAACCACACUUUCUGUGUUUCCUUGUUUACGUCGACUACAUAUAGAUGAGGAAAACGAUAGACGACUUCCAGUUACCAAUGGUUCACAAUGGCAACAGUUGAUUGAACAGUAUUUGACUAAUUUAAGACAAUUAACUAUUGAUUAUGGUGCUGGCAUUGACGAAGACAUUGUACAAACAUUCUAUACACGUGAAUUUUGGUCAACGAAAAGAGUCAAGGUUAAGAUGAUAAUAAAUAAAACACAAUCUCGAUAUCGACUUGUCAAAACAAUUUAUUUUGGUCAACAAUGGCAGUUUAGAUACUUUGAUAACUUUGAUUUGUAA